AUGGGCAAACAAGAUAUUUCACAAAAGUGUAGGUUAAACUUGGUUAAUGUGUAUGCCCCAAACGACGCGCUUGGCAGAAGCGCUAUUUGGUCAGAGUUACUGGGCUUUAGGAAUUCAUUGCAGGGGUUAUGGGUUUUGAUGGGGGAUUUUAAUGAGGUGCGGGAUGCCAGUGAGCGGAUGAAUUCUAAGUUCAAUGCUUCCAAUGCGGAUGCUUUUAAUCAGUUCAUUCUAUCUGCCGGUUUGGUGGAAUAUAACAUGGGGGGUGGGAACUUUACCUACAUAACAGACAAUGGUAGGAAACUAAGUAAACUUGAUCGGUUCCUCGUGUGCUUGGGAUUUAGGGAGAGAUGGCCAAAUGCUACUGUUGUUGCGCUGGCUAGGGAGGUCUCUGAUCAUUGGCCCAUAGUUCUUUCCACCACCCAAUCGGAUUUUGGUCAUAUCCCUUUUCGCUUCUUCAACUCAUGGUUUGAAUAUCCGGGAUUCCUGGAUUUUGUUUUGCAAAAGUGUGGGGCUUUUUAUUUCUCGGGACCGGAAGACUUAGCGCUCGCGAUAAAACUGAGGUGGUUGAAGGAUAACAUUAAGGCAUGGCUGAAAAUUGAGAAGGAGAGAAGGGAGGGGAUGUAUAGUGGUAAAAAGGCGAGGUUGGCUUUCAUUGAAGAAUUGGCGGAGGAAAGGAGUCUUGCGGAAGAGGAGUUGGCGGAGAGAGCGGAUUGUAGGAAUUAUCUGGCUGAGUUUGACAGGGUUAAAAAUCUGGAUCUUCGCCAAAAAUCCAGGUCAAAAUGGGCCAUCGACGGGGAUGAAAAUUCAGGUUUCUUUCACUUUGUAAUAACUCCAAUAUUAGUACUAAUAGACUAA